GGGAAGAGGUGCUCCAGACAGUGGAGCAGAGAUUCCCCUGCAACCUGUGUUGUAGACUGUGGGGAAGCAGCUUGUGCUCUGCAGCCUGAGGAGGACCAUACCAGAGCAAACAGCCACACGGUGGUCUGUGGAGGAAUCUUCACUUUAGCAGAUGGAUGUGGAGAGCCUGAGAAGAGAAGCCCACACAAGAGGAGGUUUUCUAGCAGGAACUGCAGCCCUCGUGUUUAGACAGAAGUCAUGUGAGCUUCUGAGCUGCAGGGACAGAGACAGAGAGUGUGCAUCAGUGCCGAGUGCUGCUGGAGCCUCGGCAGAGCGAGAGGGAGCCUGAGAGGUAAAGGCGAGCUGGUGGGAGCUGGAACAGCAGCAGCUGCUGCUCCCACCUGGCAGCUCCUGCCCGGGAACCGGCUCGGCUGCCAGCACUGCUGCCCGCAGGGCUUGGUGCCUCGGCUUUACAAGUUCUGGAAGGUCGGCGGCGCUUCCAGGAGCCAAGCGGAGCUGCUCUCCUUGCUGCUUUCCCUGCAGAGAACAUCUGUUUGAGGACUCCACUGCUUUUCCCCGACUAAAAGAGCUGUCUCCUGCUGCCUGCACUUUCCUGCCCGGGGCAGCUGCGGCCCUAUGGAUGCCCCAGUACAGAUCUUCCGUGAGCAGCCAGACUCCACCUGCUCCCCAGGGCCCUGUCGUCCCCCCAGCACCAGCAGCAGUUGGUUACUGGGCUGGGCAGACUAUGACAGCAACGCUACUGGGGCCUUUGGGGACAGCCAGCACAACCACACCAGCAUCUCCCCUGCCAUCCCCAUCAUCAUCACUGCUGUCUACUCGGUGGUCUUCGUUGUCGGCUUGGUGGGAAACUCUCUGGUGAUGUUUGUCAUCAUAAGGUACACAAAGAUGAAGACAGCAACCAACAUCUACAUUUUCAAUCUGGCCAUGGCAGACGCGCUGGUGACCACCACGAUGCCUUUCCAAAGCACCGAGUACCUGAUGAACUCCUGGCCCUUUGGGGAUGUGCUGUGUAAAAUAGUCAUCUCCAUUGACUAUUACAACAUGUUUACCAGCAUAUUCACACUGACCAUGAUGAGUGUCGACCGAUACAUUGCUGUCUGUCACCCUGUGAAGGCGCUGGAUUUCCGUACACCUCUCAAGGCAAAGAUGAUCAACAUCUGCAUCUGGCUCUUGUCCUCCUCUGUGGGGAUAUCUGCCAUAGUUCUCGGGGGUACCAAAGUCAGGGAAGACACUGCUAGCACUGAAUGCUCCUUGCAGUUCCCUGACCGAGAUUACGUCUGGUGGGACAUCUUCAUGAAAAUCUGUGUCUUUGUCUUUGCAUUUGUCAUCCCAGUUCUCAUCAUCAUUGUUUGCUACACUCUGAUGAUCCUGCGCCUUAAAAGCGUGAGGCUGCUCUCGGGCUCUCGAGAAAAAGAUCGAAACCUGCGCCGCAUCACCAGGUUGGUUCUUGUGGUUGUGGCAGUGUUCAUUAUCUGUUGGACUCCUAUCCAUAUUUUUGUGCUGGUUGAAGCCUUAGGUGAUGUGUCCCACAGCACUGCUGCUAUCUCCAGCUAUUACUUCUGCAUUGCUUUGGGCUACACCAACAGCAGCCUCAAUCCAAUCCUUUAUGCUUUUCUGGAUGAAAACUUCAAGAGAUGUUUCAAGGAUUUCUGCUUCCCCUUUAAGAUGAGGAUGGACAGGCAGAGCACCAGCAGAGUCAGAAACACUGUGCAGGACCCGGCCUACAUGAGGGAAGCAGAUGGGACAAACAAACCUGUAUGACUAGUCGUGGAAAUGUCAUCUUACUGUCCCCAAGAGAGAGAAGAGUCCAACGAUUUAGGACUGACACAGAUUACCACUGCGGUUUGAACCAGACUCACCCAAACAGAUGUUUCUGCAGGGGUUCAGAAAUCCUAACACCUGGAACUAAAGCGAGCUUAUUAUCAUCAAGUGAGAGCCUCCUGAAAAUAAGCUCAAAUGAAAAGGACCAGGCUGAUGGUCAGCCCUUGGCACCAUGUUUGCUGUGGUUGAGCAGGCACCAAUGCAGACUUGGGGGAGACGGGAGUUUGUGCUGCACCAGCUGAUUCUCGAUCAGGAGAGGUUUGCCUUUACUCUGAAACAUUUAAGUUUGCAGCAAGCAACAUUUUGGUCAUCACACUGAGGUAGGCCUCCUCAGUGGUUACUUCUGAACUAUGUAGUCUGACAGCUUGAUUUGUACUCUUAGAGCGAGGAGUGUUGUUGAGGAUCCUGCAGAAGAACGCCAGACCUGUACUUCAUAUUGUCCUCAACCAACACCUCUGUAACGUUUGACUGUGCUGUGGAGAUCCAGUUUAAGCAUGAUCUGCCUACACACCAAAGUGACUUUGUUGUGUCUGUGUAUGAUAAAAUACUGGGACUUAGGGAGAACUGUUAGUACAUUUUCAGCAUGUGUUUAAUCACCUCUGUGUAAUGCUUUCCAUGUGUGAUUUUUGCAAGGUGAUUGUAUCUAUUGUGAAUAAUAUCAAAUGUGUUUGGAACAAGAGGCCAGAAAACUUCACAUGACAAAUCUGGUGAAAACCUGUGCCACAGUCAUGACAUGGUGGUGGUGGUGGGGCAAUAACUGUGUUUCAUUUUCAGUGCUGAGGACAAAAAGGCAUAAAAAUAGUGCUGUACUUGUUUGUUUGUUUGUUUGUUUUUUUUUUUUCUGGACAAUUUGUAAGCAGAUUAAAAUAAAUAUUUGAUGACUUACAA